AUGCCUAGUCUUUUCUCCAAAAUCAGGGGCAAGGACGGCCAGGCCAAGGCCAAGAACAAGAAGGGCAAUGCCGACGACUCGACCCUCCAGCUGCCCACGAGGCACCGCUGGGAAGAUGCCUACAUCCGCACCUCCAUCGAGCCCGAAGAAGCCCAAGAUCUCGUACGCCGCUGCACUUCAGAAUUGAAAGCCAGAGCUCUCGACCACCCUUUUCUCCUUCUCCCGUUCCGGCCAACGUCAGAUCCGAGCGCUGUGCGCACCUUCAUUCGCCACUUCUUCAAUGGCGACCAACCCUUGCAGGGCGAGGCCCUGGCACAGGAACUCCGCAUGAUAGAACCAAUGGUCAUCUCUGGAGUGUUAAAAUGGUGCUGGAGCAGAUUGUCUGGAGGUAUUGUCGGCUGGGAUGCCUAUGAACUUUUCAAAGUUGGAGAGUCUGACUCGAAUAUGGCCCGAGACUCGUUUUCCACGUUUAUACCUCUCAGCGUUGAGAACCAGGCAAAAUCGCAAAUCAUCUUUGACUACUUCGACCUUCUGUCUGCCAUAGCCGCCCAUGGCAAAAUGAACGGCUUUGGUGGACGCAAACUGUCGCGAAUGGCAGCGUGGUGGGCAUUCGAGCACAAGGACCUGGGAGCCGGCUUCGACGGAGGUUACAAGGCAUGGUUAAGCGCUGCCGAUGCCACGAGCCAUCUCUUCUUUGCGUAUCUCAGGUCACUAUCGCCGUCCCAAGCGCGCGCCGGCAUAACGAUGCUGCCGAUGUCACUGCAAAAGCUCCUACAGGAAACGGAGUACCCGCCCCAGCUGCCGUCAUUGAUGCAGUCGUCCACCCACCGGGUUGUCAUGAUUGUCGAGACUGUGUCGCCAACACCAUUUUCUUUGCUGCGUCGUGCCAACCACUUCCAGUACCGCGAGGAUGACCGUGCGCUGCACGAGUACUCCGAGUACGAAGACCCGGUCGAGGCACUCACCGAAGAGUGCCAGAGAGUUCUGAAGGCAAUUUCCCUGGCCAACCAGUCGCAAGUGUCAAGCUCGAAACAUUCCACAGGCCUUAGGGACGCUUCGUGGUCGCGGUUUGAGGAUAUUGGUUUUUCAGGCACUCUUGAAGAGGAGGAGGAAGAAGAGACCGCCAUGAACAACAGAGCAAGAGAGUUUGCACGUGGUGGCUUGAGAAGUACACCAGCGUCCGGCACCAUUACAGGGCUCGACCGGCCAACGACACCUUCAUGGGCGGACUUCCUGUCCUCGGGCUUCGUCGACGAUUCCAACAAUGGCACACGCAAUUUCUUGCUACCACCCGACAAGGUCCUGCCGCCCAUUGAGACCAACUCCCGCCAGAGAAGCUCACAAUCGGCCCGGCCCCGCCUCGAGAGCGACCGCAACCUGGAGCCUGGUGAGCUGGCCAGCAUCACAUCCUUCGACCUCGACGAUGCGUUCUGGUGGGUCUGGAUGAGCAGUCUUGCUCCCGAGGAGACUGCGGAGCGGAAGUCGGCAUUUGGCCGCUGUGCCGUUAUCGAAACCGUCAUUCGUUCUGGCCGCUGGCUCGUCAUGGAGGAGAUCAUCAAGGGCGCAGCAGCAGAGCCCGACGACGGUGCCUAUAUUGCGGAGAAGAAGGGCUUCUUCAGCUGGACUAGGCGGAGCAAGACAGUCUCACGGCGGAACAAGACGCUGACCAAGGGAGAGGCUGCCAGGGCCGACUCCGCGAUGGGUAUGAGCGCGAGCAAGGCCAGCAUCGGCCCCGACCAGCAAGCCAAGAUCCAGGCCGCGGCUCAACAGCUCCACGCCAAAGAGAUUCGGGAGAAGGAGCUUGCGGCCACCGUGCCGGUCCGCCGUGGCCGCACGGACGCUGAGCUGCUAGGCGACAAGACUAACAGUGUAAUGACCCUUCAGCCAGCAGUCAGGUCGGCCGCCUCGCCAGCCAUGAAAUGGGCAAACAAGUAUGACAAGGAUGCCAUCCGGGAAGCAUAUCUUGCCAACAACAAUCUUGGCAGAGGCAGUGAGCUUGAUUUACAAGCGGUGGCGAACGGCCAUGCCUCGGAGCAUAACGGAAGAUCAGCGAUUCCAGAGAAGCCUCUUCCCUCGCCUGUGCCAGUUGUCCAAGAAGUGCGACCAGAGCCCGAGCAGCGCACGGAGCCCGAGAGGCCAGUAGAGCCAGCAUCGGACCUCCAGCCAAACGAUCGCCUCGGUGCUACCGGACGCAACUCCCCACUCCCACCCGUGCCUAAGGAGCACGAGGAGGCACUGGAGGCUCGGGAGGCUAUGAUGUCGCCAGAGCCGGAGGCUGGCGCUGGUGGCAAAGCUCACAAGAAGCUCCACAAGGACGAGAAGAAGCAGGGCGGUGGUGGUUUCCGGAAGCUGUUUGGACGUAAGAACCGCCAGUCAAAGCUCCCGGAGAACGCUGCAGGUGAUGUCAACAUGAUGCUUGCGCAAAACGAGGCACAGAGGUCUGCAGCCGCAACUCCAGUGCCUCCGGCUGCCCCGACUGCGCAGGAGCCACCGGCGCCAGUGGCCAAGGCGCCGACGCCUCAGCCGCCGGUUGAGCGCGAGCUCACGCCGAGCCCGCCAGAGUCAAUCAUUGAGAACAUUGAGCCCACCUUUGAGCCGCCGAUGCACGACAACAUUUCGCGCGUGGACACUGCUGAUGCGGCGGAGGCUAAGGAAGAGUUCUCGCGUUUCGACCAGGGGCCAUUGACAGACCAGCCGGCUUUUGUGCCGGGAGACGAUUUUACUGACGACGAGGACGAUGCAACUCCGCCCCCAAUCGCCCGGCGGUCGCCCGCCAUUCCCCAGCAGCGACCAGCGUCUGAGGAUAGCAUCGAGGGUUCGGCUGUUCCGCCCGCAAUCGACCGGUGGGCCCAGAUCCGCAAGAAUGCUGCCGAGCGUGCAGCUCGCCAAAAUGAGGAGCAGUCUGCCCCAGUGGCCAGCAAGCCGACCGACGAUAAUGAUGAUGACACCAGUGGUGAAGAGACAAUCGAGUCGCGUGUCGCACGCAUCAAGGCCCGCGUCGCAGAGUUGACGGGCAACAUGGAAGGAACCAACGGGCCUGGACAAGUCCCGUACAGACAACCUCCCCCUCUUCGCCGUUGA